AUGGUGCAGACUCCAAAAAUGAAAGACCAGAAAAGUGAACUAUUUAAAAACUCAUCUGCUGAUUUGCUCCAAACAGGAAAGCAAAAAUCUUCUAAUGAGUUGUCUAUUGACUGCAACCUUCAAAAAAAGCCAAAGCAAAAAAGAUAUGUUAAAUACAAUCUAAGCGAAAGUAUUCUAUUCAAUAGUAAAUAG